CACGCAUGCACCGCGAUAAUUCACCAUUUGCUUAGGACCGGUCCGUAGGAGCGCAAUGCUGUUCCCGUUCUGCUAAUUUUUGUCUUUCGCCAUCAGCACAUAACCCACGCAUUGCCAUGCUACGCAUGUUUCCGUGCUAACUCUGCCAUCAGGCUCCUUUAAGCAUCACAAAGAUCAAAAAACACCGAUUUGAUAUCACAAGCCAAAAAAUUAACAAACAAUUCACCAAAUUAACAUCCUUUUUAAUUACAAGAACAGAUUUGCUCAGUAAGAUCGUUAAACGGACACCCCUUAUUCAUCGGCAACACAUAAAAAUACAGAAAACGUACGAAAGCACCGAAACUGCAAUGAAAGACUCAGCUGCACACAACAAGUCCCCGUUGCUGUCCGUGCUCCUAACCGAGCUGUACUACCUUCUGCUUGCCUUUGUGUUCGUGCCACCCCCGGUCUCCGACAGCAACUACAGCGUAGUCCUAGAUUUUUUUGUGUUUCCACCGCUGAUGGCCCUGCUAACACUCGCAGCAUCCCUUGCAUUUGUGGACAAUGCUGUGCCCGCGCACCUCCUGUUCGGCAUAAUACUCGUGCUCUCGUAUGUUUUUACGGUCCUGCUGUGCGCUCUUCACACCGUUGUGUUCCGGAACGAAAAUGAGUUUACCGAUCACCUGCAUGCACUGAAAUUCACGCUUGCGUUCCUGGCGCCGUCUUUCCUGCUGAUUGGCGCUGUGCCGCAGGUCAGCGCCAUCGUGGCCCUGAUCUGUGCGAUGUGCCAGGCCAUCUACGCGUGCAGGGUGUACAUAAAUAAUUUGAGGGCCAGGAUUAAUAUUUUGGGGUGCUGCGUGUAUUCCAUCUGCUGUGGCGCGUUCUGCUUGUUCUUCGUGACAGUUCUCGGAAAGGUUGUUUAUCCAAGCUAUUUUACGGGCCAGCACGUGAUAGAAAGCCUUAAAAUGGCAGCGUGAGAGUGAGCACGGUAUCAUGCGGAUGGAUGUAAAGCACUUUUACGGCAUGGCGGUCGCAUUGUGCCGUAUUUUAGAUCGGUGCGGCCUGCGAAGCGUUUAUUGAACGGAAACGGAGCGCUGCUGCAAUAAAGGAUGAAAUUU